GAAAUGAAAAAAAAAGUUUGCUAUGAUCGGAUAACCGAACACAAAGUUAAGGUUGUUGGAAAUUUCAAAGGAGUUGUCGAGUUCAGUUGUGCCCCACAUGGUUCGAGGCUUAUAUCAUCAAUCUACGACUAGAUCGAGUCUCCUACACUUGAACCGGCUAGUAGUUCGAGUUCCUCGAACUCGAACCACUCCAAACUUAGGUAUUUUAAAAAAAAAAUUAUAAGUGUAUUAGUUUAGGAAUUUGUUUUACUUUUAUAUGUAUUUAGGGAAUAAUCCCCAAUGUUGCAAGUUCUAAGCUCGUUUUAGUGUUUAAUUUUCGUUAGUAAACUAGAAAUAAGAGAAAGAAAACCCAAAAGAUGUGCUUUUGCUAAUAAAAGUUGGCAACUUUAAUAAAACCCAAAAGCUGGUUUAAGGUUAGAACCCCUCCCUCUCACUAGAUUUUCCAGAUUACCACAGCUGCCUCUCUUGGAGAUAAAAACGAAAAGAAAGAAGAAGAAAAAAAAAGAACUAACAUAAAGGCAAAGAGAGAAGGAGAGUGAUGAAAAGGAGAGGUGGAAGAGGAAAGUCAGAAAUGUGGGAAUGAAUGACUGAAUAAAGGGAAGAGAGGGAGAGAUGAAGAGAAGUCAGAAAUGAUACAUUCAUAAUGACUAGCUUUUGAGGUGGAUGUGACAGAAGAGGCAAACAUGUUACCUCUCCCUCUCUCUCUCUAUAUAUAUUUUCUCUCUGCUAUCAGACAAAAGGGAGAGAAUUGGGAGUAAGUGAUAAAUUAAUUACUACUCACUCUACCUUCUUCUUCAUCUCAUCUCAUCUCAUCUCAUCUCAUCUCAUUUCCAUAGCAAGCAAAUGCACACCCCCUCUUCUAAUAACAUUUAAUGAUGUGGAUUGAAAUUUCAUUAUAUGUGCUUUAUAAAAUAGACUAAUCAAGAGUGAAAACAAAUAUGUUUCAUCCAUUUAUCGCUAGUUGGUCAAUACCCCACAAUUUACUUAGACGCAUACAAGUAGAAGGAAAUAAGAACUCUUACGAACAAGAAUUGAACCUAUGAUUAAGUGAAACCACCAAAGAUGCAACCCUAGGUAUAAGGCAUGAACUCUUUUUUUUUUUUUUUAUGAACUUAUGAAUAGGAAUUGAAACUUUGAUUAAGGCUAAUGUCUUGAAAUAAUCUUUGUCCCCUGAUUUAUUUCUCUAGGUCUUGUUAAAAUGAAAUUACUAGAGGUAUUUGACUAUAUAGAAGAAUCGAAAAAUUUUAAAGUGACAUUCAUAUUUUAGACAUUUGCGUCUCUCAAACCAAGAUUUCGACCGUAAUUGACAAUUUUUUGAUGAAAAUGUUAAUAGAAGGAUAUGUUUGAUUAUUUUUUCAAAGUACAAGGAACACACUUGAUUGACCUGACGUAAUGAGAUACAUUAUUUGGACUUCUGGACUUCAUUCUCUAGGGGCCGACAAACUAUGACCAUUGUUUUAGCUGGGCUAGUCCACUACGAGGGGCUGAAUAGAUACCCAAUGGGCUGCUUUCCGAACCCAUAUUGCUGGGCCUCCUUAUUUUCGUCCCAAGUUAUUGGGCCGGGCUAUGAUGUCAUCAUUUCCUGAAAAAAGAGGAGGCCAUCGAAAUGUGGAACUUUCCUUAUCUUCACUCUUCCUCCCGUCUCCACAGGCGGGAGCUCUAACCGGGGGAAAAAAAUGGCGGGUGCUAUAGCAACAGCAGCAAAAGUCAAACUCUGCUUCUACUUCUCUACUCAGAGCUCCAUUAACAGACCCAUCAGCUCUCUUUCCUUUCCUCCCUUUUCCAGGUCCCGCCUUAGCCUCGGCGCCUACACUAAGCCGCGCCUCGCCAGGAUUCCAAGCAAGCGACGACAACAUCUCCCUUCAUUCCUCUGCAAAUGCAUCUCCACCGCCGCGCCCAACACCAACUACGAGUUCUCCGACGGAUCUUCGGAUGUGGAAUUGAGAUUGCCGCUCGGGAACCAGGAAAUUCCACGGCCUAGAGAUGUCUGCGUGGACGCAGCUGGGACAUCGUUGAGAGUCACGGUUCGGCGAUCUGGUUCCAUUGUUACGCUUAUAGAGACUGAUCAAUUAUUUGAUAGAGUGAAGCCUUCUGAUACGAUAUGGUUUAUAGAUGAGGAUGAGCUUGUCAUAAACUUGAAGAAGCACGACCCGAAAUUGAAAUGGCCCGACAUCAUCGAAUCGUGGGAGUCGUUGAGUUCAGCAGCUGUGCAGCUUCUCAAAGGAACAUCGGUGUUCAUUGUAGGGGAUUCUACUGAAGUGAACAGAAGGGUGGCUCGAGAACUUGCUGUUGGUCUUGGGUACACUCCAUUGGAUACUCAGGAGUUACUGGAGUCGGUUUCUAAGCAAGAUGUUGAUUCAUGGAUCGCUGAUGAAGGUGUUGAUUCUGUAGCUGCAGCAGAAAGUUCAGUGCUAGAAAGCCUAAGUAGCCACGCUCGAGCUGUGGUGUCGACACUAGGAGGAAAGCAUGGAGCAGCUGCAAGAACCACUAACUGGCGCCAUCUUCACGCAGGGUUCACUGUCUGGGUUUCAGAGACAGAAGCAAUGGAUCAGGAUACAGCUAAGGAGGAGGCUAUAAGGCAUGUGCAAGAUCGCAGCACCGGCCACUCAAACGCAGAUGUGGUGGUGAAGCUCCAAGGAUGGGAUCCGGAUCACGCAAAGAGUGUAGCCCAGGCAUCCUUGAGCGCCCUCAAACGUCUAAUUUUGGCUGACAAGGAACUUCCGGGGAAGAAGAGCCUGUACAUAAGGUUGGGAUGUCGAGGAGAUUGGCCAGACAUCAAGCCUCCUGGUUGGGAUCCAUCCAAUAAUACUGAAGUAGCCUUGUAGACAAUCGUCAGCUUGUAGAAUCGAAAUUCUGCUCGCUCACUGUCAGCAAAAUCUGUUAUGAAGACAUUUCUGAUUUCUUCAAGUCUAUAAAGCGUUAUUGAUUUAAUACCGCGGCGAAUCGGUGUGUACAUGCAUCUCAUCGCCGCAAGGAUUUGGGUACCAUACAGAGCAUGGUGCCCUGGUAUCACUGAGCAUGAUCAUUUCUCAAAUUCGCAAAGGCAAGAAACAUACCAGUAGUGAUCAUGCGAAGGCAACCCAGAUCAACUAAAACUGCAAUCCUAAGAAAUAAGCAUCCCAAAAUACCAACUUGUUUCAGAAUCAAAUCUAAAACAGUAUCACGAUAACAUCGACACAUUGCAAGACUACCAGGGACCAUUUCGACCAAGUAUUUGAAGUUCGAACUUUUUACCAAACCGAAGAAAUACUACCAACCAUACAGCAGAAAGAGAGCAUAUAUGCAUUCCCCUGGGAGCGAGCUUAAGAUUGCUGACGCCACUACCACAACCACUUCUGACUUCUGCGACUUUCACCUAGUUGCUUCGAACUUCUGGCUUGGACACCACCUGCAAGACUCACCAGCCUAUUGUUACUACGAUGGAAUUGCAGACUUGACAUGAACAAAAGCACAAUGUGACAUGCUGGCAAGCAACAAGUCGAGCUUCACAUCACAAUCCAAAAAAUAAAAAUGACAACAAUAAAUUUUGUGUUUAAAGCCUCAAGGAUCGAUAAGUCCCUUAAGGGCACCACAUCACCAUAUAAGCUCCCAAUUAAGAAAAGGACAACUAGAAGAGACUACAAAAUCAUAACACAAUUUUUGUCCAUCACAACUCAAAUUAAAAUACGCCAGUAAAAUGUCAGCUAAUCCCAAUAGAACGACAAACAGAGAUUAUAAACCAUAUGAAGUCAU